CAAGUUAUCAUGUUUCAAAUAUGGCGGCAAACAGUGGAUGGUUGGAACUUGAAAGCGAUCCAGGUUUUAGCCGUUUUUAUCCGCAUCCACACGUUUAUAUUUUCCACUUACAAAUCCCACGUAUGACAUAUGCACCCUUUGAUAACUUAAUCGUUGCUUUUUUCUUGAUGUAGGACUGUUCAGCCUUCUAAUUGAGGAGUUCGGUGAGUACGUAGCUUGUCAACAGUCAUACAUUAUAAAGCUUAGAAGAGUGAAUCAGAAUUCAACUUCCAGUGUUUACUAGGAUCGAUAAAUGCAUCUAAGGAAAUAGAAAAUAAUUUGGUUCGACACAAACAUUGGAUGACGUAAAAGAGCUCUCAAUAUUGAUUAGAUACUCACUGGAGUCACAAACGGACUAACGUUGUUCCGCAAUGUGCAGUGAAAUCAACACACGUACACACGCUCUCACUGUUAUGUAAAUAGUUCUGAGAAUACUUUCAUCUAUGUUCCGAUCGUUACUCGGUAGUCAGAUCACAAUGACACAUUUAGAAAAUUUUACAUGACUUUUUUUAGUAAAAAAAAAAGGUGGAACGAACUGAUUUUUUUGUGGAACGAUCUGACUGUUGAGUGGAACGAUCUGACUUGGAACGAUCUGACCAUGGAACGCACUGACUGGAUACCUCAUCUACGUUAUAUAUUUAUCCAUAGUUAGUAGAUCUAGAGGGGACUGCUCUACUAAAUAUGAUCAUCUUAAUACAUACAGACCUUUUUGUUUUGUUUUGUUUGUUUAUUUAUUUGCAUUUUGUUUCCUGCUGUGAUAUGGUCGAUGAUUUUCUUGCUCAGUAAGGUUUAUGGUCAUUUCGCCUACGAGUCGUUUCGCCAACAUUCUGUUCACAAACUUUUGAAGUCGUUUUGCGUACGAGUUAGGUCAGUUCCGUAACUGCUCUUGCCUGAUCAGUGGCUGAAAGAACGAGGUAUACACAUGUGUAUUGCACCUCUUUGUAUCACAGUAGAGAGAACAAAGCAUAUACAUGCAUACCGCUCAUUUCCCUUCUUAGCGGAUCGACAUAAGACGUUGACGAACGGGACGUGAGCAAAAGGAGUCGUAGGCGAUACGACUGGUCACCGUGAUCACCCUCAGUAAAGAUUUCAAGUUUAGAUUAGGUAAAAGACUAAACCUUGGUCUCUUCUAUCAAAAGUAAUCUGCUGUAAUGAUGUAUUAAUCUUUACUUACUACUAGGUGUGAAAGGUGCCCAGGUUGAGGAAAUAUAUGAUCUUUCAAAACCAUUCAGAGGGUACGACAUCUAAUUUUAUUGUGUAUGUUACAGGUCAAAAUUAUGUUGAGGUUUAAUUUUUUUAAAAAUAGGUUGAAUCUCAAUUUCCUUUGCCUCCUAGCCCUAAUUAUUCAUGAAUCAGGGCUAGGAGACACAGGAAAUUGAGAAUCAACCUAUGAAAAUUAACCUGAAAUCAAGUUUGACCUGCAACAUGUAUACUGUACUGUUUGUGUUUUAAUCCAUUGAAAGGUUUUCAGCAGUUUAGGGCUGUUUAAAGGUGACCUAAACCUGUUUAAUUGCAUGUUGGUUAUGUUUCUUAAUCAGGUUUUUCAGUGGGAAUAGUUUCUAGAUGCUUUUUGGUAUCAUUAAUAAAAAAUGGUGGGACCUAAAGAAAGUGUUGUUUAUUUCCUUGUAGGUAUAGAAACUUUGAGAUCAGGGUGCAAAGAAAGUCAGUUUUAUAGCUUGCCAUUCUGGCAAGCUGUACCUAGCAUGUACUAGCCUGAAAGUCAUUUCAACUAGCCUGAAAAAAAAUUGAUGAGCAAGAUUGAUUACAGUUCUUUUGUAAUUUGAAUCCGCCCCCAAAAACCGCUUGCCGAUUCGGCAAGUUAAGAACAGAAUUCACUACCCAAUAGCAAAAUCCACUAGCCCCAGGCUAUCGGACACCACUUUCUUUGCAUGCUGGUGAUUUUUUAGAAAAAAAUGUCAAUAAUUUCGAAAUCCUAUGACAGAUUUUUUCCUAACUUCAGCAGAUAAGCCGCAGAACUCUCUUAAAUAAUUUAACUCUCUCAAAAAUCUUCUUCAUGAAGGAAAAAGAAUAAAUAACUGAAUUAUAGCAUCUUUAUCUUUAAUUACAGUGUUGUGUAGGUGACAGAAAACUUACAGAUACUUGACUGUACAUCUCUUUCUUUGCUUUAUGUAGGCCUGUGUAUGGUUUUAUUUUCCUCUUUAAAUGGAUCGAGGAAAGAAGAUCAAGACGCAAGAUGCAGCCCUUGGAGGAAAUGUUUGUGGAAGAUGAGAAUAUUGUACGAGAUAUCUUUUUUGCCCAGCAGGUACAAUUGUAAAGAAAAUUAAAACUUACAAUAGUAGAAAGAUGUAUUGAUCAUAAUAUGGGGUAGGAAUGUGGAUAAUGUGGAACAAAGUUACUUUAAUGUGUUAGGAAUUCUUGAGAAUGUAAAGAAAGGCUUAAUAAGUUUGUUCCUUAAAACGAUAAUUCUAUCUAUUAUUAAUAUUAUUUUUUUGGCCAACAGGUAAUUCCAAACUCCUGUGCCACUCACUCAUUACUGAGUGUUCUGUUAAAUUGUACACAUAUUCACCUAGGAGAAACCCUUAGCAGAUUAAAGGAGUUUUCUAGCAAGUUUGAUCCUGAGGUACAUAUUGUUUCAACUUUGUGCUUCUUUUAUUUUGCCAUUCUCAUUGCCAGUUACAGCAAAUUAUGUUAUGGAGUGUCAGACAUGCUGCAGAUAUGCUAUUUGUGGGUAAUGAGUAAAUAAAAUUGUACAUUCAGAUUGACCAAUAAAAUAAAUGAAUAAAUGAAUGAAUCCAGUGCUGAUAAUUUUAGGGAAACAUUUCUGGUUAUGUAACAUACUUCUAACGACAAGAAUGCUCAACUGCAAUUCAAAGUUUUCAAAACUAUUAAAAGAUUAUCUUCUUAUUCUGCUAACAUGUGAAAGCCUGAGAGUGACUUCCUGUUAAGUUUCAGACACAUAUUUUUGUUGUUGUUUCAUAUUGUUCAUUUAUUUUUUAAUCACUCAUUUUUCUUGGUUUUUAUACAUGUUUCCUAGAUGUACAUGUGAAAAAAGAUCAGUUAAAGUAAUACCAGUUUUUCAAGUGCAUGUAUAGAAAGGCUUGUUUCGUGAUCAUGCUGAUUACGUACUACUGAAAAAAGAAACACUUCUUUACAUCAUGUUAACUACUUUUAUGUUCAACGGUUUCUAAACUUCAGAACAAAGGAUAUGUGAUUGGCAAUCUACCAGAAUUGGCCAUGGCUCAUAACAAAUUUGCCAGGUAAAGUUAAUUUUUAAUAUUAAUUUUUUAUAUCUUAAGAUUGUUAUUAUUUUUAUUCCUAUUAAUGUUUUACUGCUCUUGUAAAAAGUACACUUAUGUGUACCAAAUGUAGGGUGGACCUGAUAUUGAUAACGUAUUUUUUUUCAUUUUCUUAUCUUUCAAUUCUUUCCUACAGGCCCGAACCUAAGCUUCUACCUGAUGUAGGGUGGACCUGAUAUUGAUAUAUAUAUUUUUCAUGUUCUUAUCUUUCAAUUCUUUCCUACAGGCCCGAACCUAAGCUUCUACCUGAUGUAGGGUGGACCUGAUAUUGAUAUAUAUAUUUUUUCACUUUCUUAUCUUUUCUUUUCUACAGGCCCGAACCUAAGCUUCUACCUGAGAAAACCAAUGCGGUGUCCACUGGCCGUGCAAUGGAAGCAUUUCAUUUUGUAAGCUACGUACCAAUCAGCGGAAGACUGUUUGAAUUAGAUGGACUUAAACCCUCCCCUAUUGAUCAUGGUAGGUCAAAUGUCUAUGUCACAAGAGUCCUUUUAAGUAAUGAAUAAAUUAAGAAAUAAAUAACAAUUUAGAGGUACACAUUCUCGUGAUGGAACCUUACUCCGCGUUCCAUCAAUGAAGUCAUCGAAGACCCUUGGGGAUCGCACUUUUCUGUUCAUUGCCCCAAAGUUGUGGAACAGCCUACCAUAUGACAUACGGAUGACCAUGAAUCUAUCUACUUUUAAAAUGAAACUGAAAACAUUUUUAUUUUUCCAAGAUUUUACAUGACUAGGUUCUUAAUUUCUACUUGUAUAUACUUAUUUUUAGAAUUAUUUUUACUAUUUUUCUAUUUUUAGAAGUCUAUGAAGUGCAAUCAUUACUAGGUUCUUAAUUUUACUCGUAUAUACAGCUAUUUCGAGCAAGGUUGUCGGGAAAAGUACACGCGACCAUCCCGAAAGGUAUUUUGGGUAGUUUUGUGUUCACUCAAGUUCUUCAAGGAAAUUUGAAAGAGUUGCACGAGAGGCCAUGGACGUAUGUUUGCGCGUGCUAAAGAAAAGCAGCAAAAGUAGGCUCGACAACUACAGGGUCAGGAACAGUGCACUGAUCAUAUCCCAUAUUACCUUUCGGGAUUGUCGCUUGCACGUUUUUUCCGACAACCUUUCUCAAAAUAGCUGUAUACUUAUUACUCUUUAGAACUUCUGUGAAGCACAGUCAAGCAUUUUUUAUGGAAAUUAUGCUAUAUUAUUAUUAUUAUUAUUAUUAUUAUUACAUGUAGCACAUCCACAUAGUGGAUAUUUUAGUGCUCUCACCACUGUACUCACUAAGUUUCCCUUUCAACAAUCAAUUUUAGGUCCUUGGGGUGAACAUGAAGAGUGGACAGAAAAAUUUCGCCGAGUGAUAACCGACAGACUGGGGAUAGCAACUGGAGGGUGAGUCAGUAUGGACAAUAAUGAGGGUAUCCCCCUAGGGAAGGUGAUUUAGAAAUGUUUGGCUAGAGAUGUAAGGGCUGUCAUUUAGAGCUGGGGGCUGGGGUUUUCCCCCGUCUACAAUGAAUGUGGUCCCCAGCUACUUUCAUCGGAAAAUAGAAGAAAAAUAGAACCAGAAAAAUUUCAAGGCUAGGAUUAAGGAUUUCAGAGGAUAGGGGAAGUAAGAUUCAACUUGAGACCUAAUGCUUACCUAAAGUUUACAUAAUUGUGACAUUGCUGUUUAUUAAUUUUCUUGAAACUAAUGUUAAGUGUUUGCUUGCUUUGAACAGUGAGCCAUAUCAUGAUAUAAGAUACAACCUAAUGGCUGUCGUGGCCGACCGAAUGAUAACAUGCGAGGAGAAACUUAAACAGCUAAAUGGAGAAAGGUGAAUUACAUGUAAAAUUUAUUUAUUUAUUUAUUGCAUCUGGGUAGGUUAUUUUGUGUGUUUGAUAGCGGAGCUACACAUGGGCAAACAGAGCCUUAUAGCUACAAUGUAAGAAAAUUCAUUUUGGUUAUCUAUCCAUGGGGGAUAUUGUUUGUAGUCACAUGAACAUACUUCUGCCUGUCUGUCUGUCCACACCACAGGGCAACCAAUGUGAAAUGUCACGCGCUCUAGCUUGUGUGGGGGCAUGCAACUUGAUAGUGCACAUCCAUGUUGUAUUCAAUUGACAGCGGUCAAAACUGGGUAAAGGGAGCUUCGCUUUAGCCUUUGCUAAAUGGAUAUUAGAUACACAUGUUAGGGUUAUUGACAUCAUGGCGUAAUGAGCCCCUCUGUAUAAAUUUCAUUCUACUAGUACCAGUUAUCGAGUUAAUUUUUGUUGUUGUUGUACAGGUGUAUUGUGAAAAUGCCUUUUUAUGCAUGUAUGUUUCUUUGUUAAUUUUAAUAUCAUCAUUUAGAAGUGGAAAUGUGUUUUGUCUUGCAGAGAAACCAUUGUGGAAUCACUAAAAAAGGUAUUUCUCUUCAGUCUUGAGUCUUACCAUCAUAGAAUAGUGGAGACAAUUAUUACAACAUUAGCAUCAAAAUAUUUUCUGCAGCACCUUUUUUUGACAUCUGGAUGUUGUUAUAUACCCAUGUAAAAAAACUGCAGGGGAUAAAUUUAUUAAUGUCUAUCCAGUGGUUAUGUUGUGGUUUUUGUUUCUGGUUCUUGUUUUAUUGUUAUUAGGCUAAUUUAAUGUGAGUUUUUGCUGCUUUAACGGUGUUAACAAUGGUAAUAGGAUUGAGUGGAGUCCAAUUUUAAGAUACUAAUGAUAAUGAGAAUGAUAUUAACGAAAGAUUUUGCAAAACAUUUAAGGAUAAAAAGCAACGCUAUUAUAAAACAUGACGACAUGUCACCUUUAUCAAAUGCAAAUGAAAGAGGCUAUGAACCGAUAUAUAUAAGAAUCGAAGGUGUGAAACUGUUCUACAUUAAAUUUGAAGAACAAAAGAAUGAAAUGAUUAAGUAAAAAGUUUUGCUGAAACGGAGUCGGUUUGAGUGUUUAAGGAUGGUCUCAUUUCCUUAAUUAACAACAUCUCACAAAUGAGGCACUCAGUCAAACUUUCCUCGGCGUUUCUGAAGGAUCUUAAAACGUUUUUAGAGAUUAAUAAUGAUGAUGAUUUUGAUCAGGAUGGUGGUGAUGAUGAUGAUGAUGAUAAUGACGAUGAUGAUGAUGACUAGCUGUAGCUAUCGCUAAGUGCUAAUGGACGGGCAAAUAAACUGCUUCCAUCAUCAAUCCCAAGAGUGUCCAACAUCAAUUUUCUCCUAUGUGAAUUCUUUGCACAAUCUGUACAUUCUGGGUCGCACGUGUGAAGGAAUUCGUAUACUUAUUCUUGGUUUGCAACCACGUGACAAGGCAACCGUGUUGGGGGUCAAUACAAUAGUAUUUUUUCUCGAAGUUCCCAGAGGAGAGAAAUGCUUUUGUUCUUAACCACCAACAUGGCCGCCGUGUCGUCACCUGCAAACCAGCAAUACUCGAGUUGAGUCACAGAUGUUGCACGCGGGCCGAUGAACACGUGGUUUGAUUUUGAACGCGCUGGUUCAAAUAUUUAAAGAAUAAACGUCUAAACUGUGCUACGCUAGCCGCUUUUAUGUAUGAGUUCGUUCUCAGGUUAAUUGCUGUUAACUUUGUGAUGUGUGUGACAUGUCUGACUCGGCAACUGGCACGCUUGCCGAUAACAACACUCUUGUUCACGUUUGAGCUCGCUCGACUUUUUAACGCGCUUGUUUAAAUACAAACUCCAAAGAACACUCUACUAAACUGAAUACAGUUCAAAAAACACACAGGCAUGUAAAACUCUUAUUUCUACUCACCUAAAAUGUCCAGAACGUCGGACAAACCAACGGAUAAACAACUCUACUACAAUCUACUACAACCACGCCUGAUGACUGCGUCAUAUACCAAAUCUCACGCUCUCUGAUUGGUUCUUGUGUUAGCUCUUUGUUACCUUACCUUACACUGAUAGGCCACUUCCGAGUUCCAAAACCCUCACCUUCAAAGUGAGGCCAAGUGCACAACAAUAGGCCAUUUCCGAGUUCCAAAAAAUCUCACUUUCAAAGCGAGGCUAAGUGCGAAGCCAUUGAUAUGAGAAUGAUUUUUAAUUAUGAUGCAAAUAAAACUCAUUUUCACAACAAAGAUUUCGCACUUAGCCUCGUUUUGAAAGUGAAAUUUUUUGGAACUCGGAAAUGGCCUAUUUCACAAUUUUCUUGUGAAAAUGAGUUUUAAUUGCAUGAGAAUGAAAAAUCAUUUCUAUAUCAAAGGCUGAGCACUUAACUUCGUUUUGAUACAGAGGCCCGGGGGAACUCGGAAAUGGCCUAUUUCUUUACACUUAGUACCUCACAAUACAGCGUGCAUCGAUAUUAGUUGUAUAAUGCCACCUCAUCAACCUCGCGUCUUCGCUUGGCCAUAGUUAUUAGAGGAGACUGGUUAUGAAAAGCGGCAAACAUCAAUGAUAAGAACAACAGUGCUGCAGUUUAUGUUGGAAGUACCGUGAAAGUGCACAAUCCUUUGUUUUCUGUUGGCAAAUUGUUACGGAAUAAAUUAAUGCAACGUUUUUAUUGGUCAAUACAAUCAAAAUAAUAGGAAUUCUUUUGAACGUUGUGCUCUUUCAGGUCCACAAAAACAUAUAACAAAGGAGUCUGACGGGUUUCAUAACCAUUCCACUCAAUUAACUAUGGCUUGACGGACCCGUUGGCAAUAAUAGAGAGUUUUAGAUUCGAGUUUACCGCGAACCUCUAACCGCUGGAGGUCACGUGACAAGUCCUUCGCGUCACGUUUGAGAUUUACGACGUGCGUUUUCAACGUGGGGAGGUAGGUUUUCACGUAUGUCAUUUACCUGAAAGCUUUUAGCGUAAAAUUCUUGUUUUAUCCCACGUAAUGAUACAAAAAUCUUGUGGAGCAAGUCUUUAUCCAUUAACAGAGGCACAAAUUCGGGCGAAAUGCUAAAUUUGAUAAAUCCUAUUGGAUCUUGAAAACAAGUGCCAUUCAUGGCUGCUGAUUCAAAAUGGCGGCCGUAAUCUAAUCCACCGCCAAUCUAAAUCGAAUUAUGUUUGAACGUCGAACCGCAAACGGGUAACCGCAAACCGCGGUUAGAGGUUGGAGGUAAACUCGGAUCUAAAACUCUCUAUUAGUAAGACGGAGCUUGUGCAACGUCGACGGUAGCGACAACGAGAACGGCGAAAAAAAAAAGCAAUAGUUGAGAUAAGCAAAACAACAACUUUGCACGUGCAUCACGCUUUUUUGUCCAUUUCUUUGCCGUCGUUGCACGACUACCACGUGAAACUGCUUAAUUUCACGUUUUAUGGAGGACGUAAACACAAGACAACUUUGCUCCCGGAAUUUCAAGAAUAUUCGGUUGAGUUGUUCGCAUUUCGGGAAAUUCAACUGUUUGUGAAAUUUGUGGAAACUUUUGGGGAAAAUAGACCCUUUCACGGUUUUUUCAACUUUUCACAUUGACAAAUUAGGCGAAAUCCGUCGACACCACUGGAAAUAGCGCCUAGUUGAUAUUAGUGAAACUGCCAAAUUUGAAAGUGAUGCGUCUUAAGCGAGCGAAGAUAUAGCUCCGCAAAGUUGCGAAAAUUUACAGACGUUUGUAUGGUGGUGGUGGUGGGAGGGAGCACAAACGUCCCCCUCCCCCUCCCUCCUCCCCUCCAUAGAAACGAAUGGAAAGUGCCCGUGGGCAUGCUUGCUGUACGACCAGUGUUUAGAUAUGAUUUUUCUGAGUUCUAGUCUUGUAAUAUUCGCAGUUUGAUCCAGCUACCUGUAAAGACAAAACUGCAGCUGUUGCAACAGACUCCCCCUCCCACACAACAGACACCCCAGCACAGGAAAAGACAGACAGCAUUGUCACGCCAGCAAGUACUGCUUUGGUAACACCCGCUACUGCUAUGGCAACAACAGUUGCCAUGGCAACACCGUGCGUGAUGACAACAUCAGUCGCUAAGCCAACGUCCAUUGCAAUGACAACGUCAGUGGGUGACAUCCCAGGAAAACCAGAAAACACAGCAGAGACUCCAAAAGAGCAUGGGGACUUAUCAGCCGUAGUGACUACACAACAAAUUGCGGAGACAAAAAACGAAACUGUUGCGGAAGAAAACAAAAGUGUACCAGCUGAUGAGUCGCAAGAAAUGGAACAAGGUAAAGAACCUACAGAAGCGAAUCCACCGUUGUCGCCUACAGGAAGUCUACACUCGGAAUCUGGAGAAUCAGGAACAGGGGUAAGAGUAUGAAUUUCUUUCGGUCAGUUUGACCCCAUUUGUCCCUACUUACUAAUCUCCUGUCAGGUGCCUCGGUGUACCUUUUUUUGGCUCCUUAUAUCUUUUGGAAGCAGUCAAGUUAUACAUAUUCUUGUAGUACAGAACUGAGCGUGGGGUGCAUACUCGUUUAACCAUUUCACCACCACAUAAGAGGCCAAAGUCAAUCUUUAACAACACUUCGACAUUACAGUUUGUAAAAUGCUUUAAAAAUAAAUAAAUAAAUAAAUAAAUAAAUAAAUAAAAUAAUGAUAAUGAUAAUAAUAAAAGUAGGUUGAGUUUGAUCGUCCGGGUGAAAGUAGUCCUGAAUAGGACUGUUGUUGUUGAAGUCAUCUUCAGAGUCAAAGUGAGUUGUAUCACGUCAGUUGAUGGUAUUAUACUCUGGUUAGCGAUGUUAUUGGUCGUCUGACAGUUAAGCCGUUAAGCCAUUUGAAUGGUAACACCAUAGGAUUUUAUCCACAGACUCAAAAGUUAGAACUUCAUACUAAAUAAAUAGUACCAUGUGAAAGUACUGCUGAAGAGGUUUCAUUUGAAUGGUAGCACCACAGGAUUUUGUCCACAGACUCAAAAGUUAGAACUACAUACUAAAUAAAUAGUACCAUGUGAAAGUACUGCUGAAGAGGUUUCAUCUGAAUGGUAACACCACAGGAGUUUGUCCACAGAAGCAAAUGUUAGAAAGAUAUUACAAGGCUCUAUCGUUCACUAGGUCGUGAGAUUGAAUUUACUACUGGACGAUAUGACCGUAAAUCUUCUAAAAAGCUGCUAUGAAUGGUAUUUUCUUUGUUGAUGUUUCCAGGAGACCACCGAGACAGCUCCAUCAGAAGAUCAACAGGAUUACACUGAAACCUUUUCAUUCUCUGACUCCGAGACAGUGGUCAGCAGUCAUGAUGGUAGAGCAGGCGCAGAGGAGCUGUCCAGUGACCCAGAUAAUGGUGAUACUGGCACAAAGAGUCAGCUGAAGCAAAAAGGUAGAGGAAAUAUUGACGUUUGGAUAGACCGUAACACCGCACGGUGGACUUUAUCCCCUAAAUUUUGCUUGUUUAUUUGUUUGUUUGUUUUAACAAAAUAUUAUCUGAUUGGCGUUGUAGAUGACGAAAAAAGAUCUGGAAAGAACGCUAACCAAGAACCUGUCCCAAGUUAUGGCUUUUCUAUUCCAUUGAGUGAGUUGGCCAAGAUUUGUUCAGAAACUCAGGUAAGCUGGGUCCGGCUAAUAGCAUGAAGCAGGAUAAUUUUUUUGAAUUAACACUUUUAAAACGGAGGGGGCGCAGGGGUUGACGGGGAAGAAGAGAUUAAUUACUACUGACUCAUUGACUGACUGACUCCAGGACUUGUUGACUGGGUGUCUGAUUGAUUGACCAGCCGACUGACUGACUGACUGACUGACCGACCGACUGCUUGAUUGAUUGUCUCAUGUACGCCUGGGUUGCUGGGCAGCUGGCUAGCCAUGACAAGUUUGUUUAAUUGUUUGUUUACUUUACCACUGAAACACAGUCGUUAAAAUUGAAGGUGAAUUACUCUAAGACCAUAUUAUUUCACGUUCUUUUGCCUUGCCUCUUAUUUUGCUUGUGACCCAGGUUUUGUCACGAAAUCGCAAAACGAUGAUAAAAUGAAUGAUUGACCGACAAGCUAAAGCUAAUUGAGUGCUUUUUAAAUCGGCAGGAAUUGUAAAUAGUGUUUUGAAUGAAUAGUUUUUUUCCUUUCUUUUUUUCAAACGAAUUAAUUGUAAAUAGGAUUUUAAUAGUUAGCAUUGUUGUCAUAUAUUUAGUUUUUAAUUUGCAAACAACACGAUAUAAUUUAAAAUUGUAAAAUAUUACUUAUUGUUCUGAUACUUAAAUAAAGUUAUUUUUAUUAUUAUUAUAGCUAAAGCUAACAUGGAGCUGUGUUUCUUAUCUCCCGUUUUUAUUCUUUCAGGUUCUUGUUACCCAACUGCACCAGGUAGAGCGUCAGAUUCAAGCGAAUGAAAAUUCCUUGAGAGACGAAAAAGAGAAACGGAGGAAGUACUACGUAUGUAUUAAUUCUUUGUGAAUUUUGGCGAGCACCUUAUGUUUAAUGGCGACAAUAGUCAAGAUUAUCCCUGGCGCUGUUGAUGCAUGCUCACUGAGUAGUACACACGUCCGGGAGUAGUCUGGGAACAAGAACGUAUUACCAGAUUUGCGCGUGUUCUACAGCCUAGAGAGAGUUUUCAUUGACAUGGUCAGCAUCUAUGCAUAAUUAUUGAAACAAAGGAAAUUUUUGCAUAAGAAAAGUUUUCAACUCCAGGAUUGGUUUGGAACACCAACAUGGCCGCCGUUUAAUUAGUUUGUUACACUUAUAUAGCGGACACGAAGUCGUGUGAAAACGUUCUAUUGUAGGCGGUCGAAAAUAUUCGAAAACGCUAGUGGGGCGCGCACCUGUGUUAACACGAAACACGCGGGUUUUCGAGACGAAUAGACCAUAUUCACAUGUAUUUUUAGAUGCUUUCUACCUUGAUAUAGUUCACGUGACUGUACUUAAAAGAUUCGCCCCGUUAUGACACUGGAAAUAAUGAGUGCUCAAGUAGUAGAAUAAUUAUUGGCACAAGAUCUGCGGUGUGGCCAAAAAAAAAAAAAAAAAACGCAAGCGAAUGAAGUCUGUCAUGGUGAAUGGGUGUGACAAUUCGUUUUGGUUUAACGAAUGAAAAUUUCUUCAUCUAAUUAUUUAUUUAUUUAUUGUAAUUAUUCCAUUUCUUUGCAGAUUGAUCACAGUCGCCGAACUCAUGACUACGAUCCUUUCAUUCGCACAUUUUUGACCAUGUUAGCUGAACAGGGACACCUCGCUCCGCUCGUUGAACAACAGAACUCUCUUAAGCGUAGACUUCCUCAAACCAAACCUCACUUAAAACAAUUAAAGCGAGUGUACAAACGCAAGAAGCCGAGAUAGUUUAAACGGGGACGUCGUUUUGCAGAUGAGAGUAACUUUCAACGGAUUUAAAAUGGUUAGCUCGAUUGAAGAACUUUAAGCGAGUGUACAGAGGAAAGAAGCCAACAUAUUUAAAGAGGACUUCGAACAGCCAACUGUAAAUUCUUUCGAAACAAAAGUUACCGUCUUAACAGUUAGCCAAUGUUCGGAAGGAAUGUUUAACUCAGAGAUCCGAAAUUUUGCAUAUCCCGUGUUCCUCGCAGGGAAAAACGACAUAUUUUAAUGUAGACUAUUUCUCAACGUUCUGGGACAUUUUCUGCCAUUUUUCGCGAAGCCUCGUACGAUGGCGUUCGGUUCCAGGCCUCCUUUGAUCACUUUCGCAGUGUGAACUGGGCUGAGGACUGAGCUCGAUUUGCACCGCUUCAAGUGCGCAGCGGAAGCGUGAAGACUGACGCUGAGAUCCGCUGAGGUAGAGAGUUUCCAUGUUUUGUGUACGAGAUUACUGUACACAAUCACAUGAUAGCGGCACGAACUCAAGCAAACGUUACAAAGUGUAGAACUAGCUAAAACAACUAAAUAGGAUAUAAAUAGCGAGAGAGUACUUGAGACAAAUUCGUUUUUAUAUAUUUUUUCAUCAAUUGAUUAUAGACGCUGUGGACCAUAGAGAGGAGAACUGUGACGUCACGUUACCAUGGUAGCAAGAUUUCUGGAUCUCAACAAUCUGUCAUGACAGAGAC